AUCAAGAGAAAAAAGGAAAUUAGAUACCAACUCCAACUGUAAUUCAGCACUAGCGACUAGUUGCAUACACGUCCAAUCCAAUUUUACUCUCUUUCGCUCUCUCUGUCUUUCUCUCUCCUUCUGUGUUGAAUUGGAAAGCAAAUACAGAACAUAUGAGAAUGAGAUUUUGUAUAGUGGAGAAAGAAAAGGCGAACGGCACAUGCGCGUAGCGUGUUUCACAGCUAAAACAAUGCUUAGGUUUAUUCUUCGUCUUCUUCUUCUGCCAUGGCUUCUUCUCCUGCUCAGCUCAGUCUUCUCUUUGACUUCGGCUAAACCUGCACCAUUUGCUAUGCGCAUAAGCUGUGGAGCUCGUCAGAAUGUGCAUACAAAGCCAACCAAUACACUAUGGUUUAAGGAUUUUGCAUAUACAGGAGGCAUACCUUUUAAUGCAACACACCCAAGUUAUAUCAGUCCUCCACUUCAGUCACUUCGGUAUUUUCCCCUGUCUGAAGGCCCUGAAAAUUGUUACAUCAUCAAUAGAGUUCCCCGGGGACACUACUCAGUAAGGAUCUUCUUUGGAUUGCUUGCACAACAGAACUAUGACAGUGAACCUUUAUUUGAUAUUUCUGUCGAAGGCACUCAGGUUACUUCAUUAAAAUCUGGUUGGAGUAGCCACGAUGAUGAAACAUUUGCUGAAGCACUAGUGUUUCUUAAAGAUAGCUCUGUGUCUAUCUGCUUCCAUAGCACUGGUCAUGGGGAUCCAGCAAUUCUUUCCCUUGAAAUUCUCCAAGUUGAUGAUAAAGCAUACCAACUUAGCCAGCAAUCAGGUCAAGGAAUAAUCCUUAGAACAGUAACAAGAUUGAGCUGUGGUACUGGGAAGCCAAAGUUUGAUGUAGAUUAUGGCGGGGAUCAUUGGGGCGGGGACAGAUUUUGGAAUUACAUAAAGACCUUUGGUCAGAGUACUGAUACAGCCCGAUCUACUGAAGGCAGCAUUAAGCAGGCUUCAAAUCCACCAAACUUUUAUCCAGCAGCUCUUUAUAAAAAUGCAAUUGUUGGUACUGCUAGUCAGCUCGAUUUAGAAUAUACAAUGGAUGUGGAUCCCAAUAGAAACUACUCAAUUUGGUUACACUUUGCUGAGAUUGAUUCUGCAGUCACUCGUGUAGGGCAAAGGGUAUUUGAUAUCCUGAUAAAUGGUAACACUGAAUUUCAAGAUGUGGAUGUUAUCAAAAUGAGUGGGGACCGUUAUGCUGCUCUUGUACUUAACAAAACUGUCGCUGUAAGCGGGAGGACUUUAACAAUAACCUUGCACCCUAAAGGAGGUGAUCAUGCCAUAAUCAAUGCCAUUGAGAUCUUUGAGGUUAUAAUGGCCGAGUCAAAAACUGUACCAGAAGAAGUUAAGGCGUUACAGACAUUAAAGAAAACAUUGGGGCUUCCUGUUCGGUUGGGGUGGAAUGGUGAUCCAUGUGUUCCUCAACAACAUCCAUGGAGUGGAGCAGAUUGCCAAUUUGAUAGAACUAGCAGCAAAUGGGUCAUUGACGGACUGGGUCUUGACAAUCAAGGUCUGAAGGGAUUUUUGCCAGAUGGCAUAUCAAAAUUACAUCAUCUUCAGAGCCUAAAUUUGAGCGGAAAUAACAUUCAUGGAACAAUUCCAUCCUCCCUUGGAACAAUAACAAGCUUAGAAGUACUGGACCUCUCCUUAAAUUCCUUCAAUGGAUCAAUUCCUGAAUCCCUCGGACAGUUGACAUCAUUACAAAGACUUAAUCUCAAUAGCAAUUCUCUGUCCGGAAGGGUCCCAGCUGCUCUAGGAGGAAGGCUUUUACACAGAGCUAGCUUCAACUUCACUGACAAUCAUGGUCUUUGUGGUAUACCUGGACUGCCUACAUGCGGGCCACACCUUACUGCUGCGGCAAAGAUUGGAAUUGCAUUUGGUGCGUUGUUGUUGUUCCUACUUCUUGUCAUCUGUUCAAUAUGCUGUUGGAAAAGGCGGCAGAAUAUCCUCCGAACGCAGCAACUUGCUGCAAGAGAAGCUCCAUAUGCAAAGGCGAGGACCCAUUUAUCACAAAACAUUCAGAUGAGCCGGCAGCAUAAUCAUCAUGCCCAAUCUCGAACGGCAGCUGAGACUGGGCCCAUCUUGCUUUCAUGAUCAGACAACUUUCAGCCCAAAGCCCAAUAUAGUUGGAAGUUUGAUCCAAAGCACUUGGUCUCUAGGCAAUACUGCUUGCAUUGGCCCUCUCACUUACACAAGAUCACAUCCCUCAUUGGGUGCCCGUAUAUGCUACAGAGAGAGAAAGAAGAAAGAAAAAAAAAAAAAAAAAA